AUGUAUUAUGUGUGGGGUAAGCCGUCGAUAUCAAGGCCAACGCAGACGCGUCCGGCCCAGCAACCGACAACCAGUGCGAGGAAACGAGAAAAAUGCAAGAGAAAACGCCAGAACUUGGUAUGGAGCCCCGAGGAAGAAGUCUGGCACGAGCCUUAUAUGGUGUGCCUCCACAAAGAGUUUUCCGAUGCAUCAAUUCGAUGCGACUCGACGCUGGAACUCCCCUGGAAGGAUAUAGCUCUUCCACUGACUGGGAUGCGCAUCAGACCGGAAGUGCGAGUGCCAUUGACUGCUGAUGAUGAGGAGGGAGAUACGGAGAAGGUUGAAGAACCGGAGAAAAAAGAGUCAACUGGCCGCAUGGAGCUACCCUGGCACGACCUCCUAGUGGCAGACGUGGUGUCGCCCCAGAUAUCCCCGGAUCUCGCCGCCUGUGACUCGUCAGUGGAAAUCCCCUGGGGCCAACUGUCGUUCGAGGAGCCCCCAGAAAUAAAGCCCCCACCCGUUGAACGUACGUGUUCAGGUGACGACAUAGAGGUGCCCUGGGACGACAUCAUGGUACCCCGCAACAUAAUAAUCGCAACUAAGGCCCGAAAACACCCGUCAAAUGCGACAAAACGACGCCCGGGGGGCGCUGAAAAGUGUCAGCCGUGCAAUCGUUGCCCCAAAGAACAGAAGAGCAAUCGAAAACUACCUGGUGAGCUGUCUCUUCUCAAGUGCCCUGGCGCCAAAAGAUAA